AUGUCGCAAUAUACACACAACCCACCCACAACAACCUCAACCUCAACCUCAACCUCAACCUCAACCGCAACCGCAUCCCAACAACCCAGCACCCUGGAUGACACGCUGCUCAACCAACCGCACACCGGAGAUCCCGCAACGGAAUCUGCCCCUCCAAUCCCUCCCCGACAGGGACCAGCAGGUGGGACGUGGACAAUGUCGAGCGAAGAAGCGACAGCAGGGGCCACAUCCUGGCCAACAGCUGCGCAAAGAGAGGCGCAAAGAGAGGAGCAAACAACAGGGGCCACCGAAGGGCCGACAACGGGUGCGACAGCAGGAACCACAGCAGCCCCUACAUCAACGGCGGUUCCCACGGGACCCCCAGCAGGCGCACCAGAGGCCACAGAAACAGUCCCCAAACAAUCCACAGGCGUCGGCCACGGGAUCAAAUCCGCCCUUGCUGGUAUCCACGGUGUCGGUGAAUCUAUCCGCGGCAGUGUGAAUGCAGCUGUUGACCGCGCGAUGAAGGAUGACGAAGGUGCAAGGAAGAACGAGGUGAUUGCGAGGGAGGGGGAGAGAGAGCUGGAGACGUGGAAGUUUAGUCGGGCUACGAAGGCUAGGGAGGAGGGCAAGGAGCAUGAAUUUGAGAGGCUUUGA